AUGAAUAAUGAUGUCGUUGAAAAGAAGAAAUACACAAGAGAAGAAAUAGCUCAACGUAUUAUUGACAAUGGCGAUCUGCUUGUUAUUCAUUCAAAUAAAAUCUAUCGACUCAAUGCUUGGAUUAAACAUCAUCCAGGCGGUGACAUGGUUAUUUUACAUAUGGUUGGAAAAGAUGCAACUGAUGAAAUAAAUGCAUAUCAUUCAGAUCAUAUUUUACGUACAAAAUUGCCAUUAUUCUAUUUUGGAGAUGUCGAUACUGAAAAUUGUGACGAUUUUAAAUCACUGAUUCCACCAGUUCAAUGUGAUUAUAAUAUCAAAGAUAUCAAUAAUAAUCGUCUUUUAACACCAGAGACUUUAUUAAAUUAUAAUAAUGAAAAUAUGAUUCAAGAUUCAGUUGAACAUAAACAUAUCAUUGAAGCAUAUAGACAACUUUAUUCUAAACUUCGAUUUUUAGGUUUAUUUGAUUGUAAUUAUUUUGAGUACGGUCGAGAAUGUAUACGUUAUUUUAUUCUUGCAUUUCUUGCUAUUUAUUUUUUUGUAACGGCAACUAAAGCUUGGCAUUAUAAUAUAUCAGCUGUAUUUCUUGGUGCUUUUUGGCAUCAAUUAACAUUCACAGCGCAUGAUGCUGGUCAUUUAGCUAUAACACAUUCAUAUCGUAUUGAUUCAUAUAUUGGAAUUUUUAUUGCUAAUGUAUUAGGUGGAAUAUCAAUUGGAUGGUGGAAAUAUCAUCAUAAUAUUCAUCAUCUCGUAACAAACUCACCGGAACAUGAUCCAGACAUUCAGCAUUUACCAUUUUUUGCUGUUACACCACGUUUCUUCCAAUCAGUUUAUUCAACAUAUCAUAAACGUAUUUUAUCAUAUACAUGGGCUGCAUCAUGUAUAAUUCGAUUUCAGCAUUUCAGUUAUUACAUAAUAAUGUGUUUUGCUCGUUUUAAUUUACAAAUUCAAUCAUAUAUUUAUCUUUAUAAACGUACAAAUGGACCAUAUCGUUAUGUUGAAAUUUUUGCAUUAUUAAUCUACUGGUAUUGGUUUUUAUAUGUAUUAUGGGUUAUUCCAACUUAUACAGAAUCUUUCAUUUAUUUAAUGCUAUCUUAUGCAGUAACAAUGCCAUUACAUGUUCAGAUAACACUUUCACAUUUUGGUAUGUCAACUGAAGAUUUAGGACCAAGUGAGUCAUUUCCAGCAAAAAUGCUUCGCACAACAAUGGAUAUUGCAUGUCCAACAUGGUUGGAUUUUUUUCAUGGUGGUUUACAAUAUCAAGCUGUUCAUCAUUUAUUUCCACGUAUGCCAAGACACAAUUUUCGUAAAGCAAGUUAUUAUGUCAAACAAUUUGCUGAUGAAGUUGGUCUUACUUAUCAUGUAUAUGGUUUUGCAAGUGGAAAUAUGAAAGUAUUAAAUGUAUUAAAAGAUGUUGCCAUGCAAAUAAAACUUAUGCGUGAUGUUGCAGUGACAAGCAAUAUUUAUACAGAUCAUUAA